AUGAGUCGGUGGGACGACCUCAAGCGCGAGGCCCGCGUCGUCGAGCGCGCCCUCGACGAGAAAGUCAACGCCUACGCAUCCACCGCCCGCUCCAUGAGCCGCUCGAGCCGUCCGUUUGACGAAGAGAACCCGCCCCAGGCUGCCGACCAGAACGAGUUUGAGCUCGGGCUUGAGAUCGAGCAGUUCCUGUCCUCGUUGGCCGACAUCAUUGACCGCAUGGCCGCGACGUGUAAUGGCUCGAUGGCCCAGGAGGCCGUCCUGCAGCGGUAUCGAGAGCUGCACUUUGACUUUGGCCAGCAGUUCAAGCGCUCCGCCAGCGUCAUCCAUGAAAAGUCCGAUGCGCAAAAGCUCUUCCAACGCAAGGAACAGAACCCAUCCGUGGACCCCGAAGCUGAGGCCUUGCUGCGCGAACGAGGCAUGCUGGACGCAUCCCGCACGAUAGCCAACGACUCGAUCAACAUCGCCAUGGCGGUCAAGGAGAACCUCCUGAGUCAGCGCGCGCAACUCGACGGAUCGCGCGGCAAGGUCACAACGGUUGGGUCGUCCACGGCAGGAAUCAACGUGCUCGUCGACCAGAUUCGGCGCAAGAAGAUGCGCAACAACAUCCUCGUCGCCAUCACGAUCGCGGGCUGCAUCUGCUUUACGCUCUGGUGGGCCAUUCUCAGUCGACUGUAG